GACGGCCAUCGCAACGUUGUAGGGUGAUACAAACGAUCUCGUUCCAACUCGGCGAGAGCAACGUCUCCGGAGCCGUCACUGAGUAAGUUCCCUGCUGGGUGCCAUCAAGGCGCCGCGCUGCACGCGUCGAGCUCAGAUUGAAGAGAGCAAAGCCAGGGUGAUGUAGCGAGGCGUAGAUACCAAAGAAACCAUGAGGGAACGUACCUCGUUCUGUGGGUGGAUGGUGUGCACGGACACGGACACGUGCCUAUGUUGUGACGCUCACUGGCAGGUGUGUUUAUUAUGCCUGUGUGGUGGGAUGCAGGUGCUUUUGAGCUGAUUUGAACGACCCAUCUGCGAUCAAGGUGAGGGCAGGGCAGCGUGGACGGCUAACCUUGCUACGGAAGCUGACUCCUGUCUGUCUGUUUGUUUGUUUGCUCAGGGUAGCUGCCCUCAUUUGUUUGUCGUGCCAUCGUUGUGGCCUCUGUCUGUGUGACCCCCAAGUGCGACCGAUCAAGUAUGGACCAUCGUCACUUCGCUGUAGGCGGCAUGGGCAUGCCCUCCUACGCCUUCCCUCUCCCAUACAGACCACAGCCACAGCAGCAACUGCCCCGACCAUCGCCACUCCCACUCCCACCGCCACUCCCACCCCCACCCCCACCACGGCCAUCACCACCAGAGGAGGACCAGGAGGGCAUGGAGGGCGAGGAUGUCGAGGACUACGAUGAAGAGGAGGAGGAGGACUACGAGGAAGAAGAGGACGAAGGAGAGGGCAUGGAGCCGAGUGAUUUCCGGUACCCUCCACCCCAGCAACAGCAGCAGCAGCAGCAGCAGCUGCUGCAGCACCGACCCAAUGGCCCGGUGCCAUUCGCCAGAGCGCCGUACCAGUACGUCAACAACCGUGCCUAUGCCCAGCAGCAGCAGCUUGCCAGGGGUGCGAGGUAUGACCAGCACCCGAAUCAUGAGGAAGACGAUGAGGAGUUUGAGGAGGAGGGCGACGGCCACCACCACGACGAGUCCGACCAGGACGAGGCGGAUGACCAUGUGAGGCGGCCAGCCACUAGGGGACAGAUGAAUGGGCGGGCGAGGGGCCUGGCGCAUGGGAAUGGGGCGGGCGCGGGCACGUCGGCCGCUGCUAUUGGUGCCGGCGGUGGUGUUGGUGUGGCAAAGAGGACGAAGGGGCAGCCCGAUGAGUGUGCAGAGGCCGACCUGGCCAUCAAGUGAGUGACUGCAAGACCAUCCAGCGAGCAGCGGAUCGAUGAAUGGACAAAUGGACGAUGCGCGCGUCUGUCUUUGUGGUCAUGUGUCAGCCGUGUGUACGACGAGGGGGCCAAGAAUAUCAUUUUCGACUCGUGCGAGGAAAUUCGGUACCUACGAACACGUACACGCACUCAGUUUCCCCUCUCUCUCUCUCUCUCUUUCUCUCCAUGUCCUCUACUGUGUCUGUGUGGUUCAGGAAUCGUGUGAAGCGUUAUUUGGAGCGUACGAAGGAGGGGUUUGAGGCCUUGCUGCGGCACCUCAAGGACAAAUUCCCCGACGUAGACGUCCGCCUGGAGGACCUGCAGGGUGCGUUGGUUAGGCCGUGCCACGCUGUUUGUGCAGACUGCAUGAGCCUCCCUUGCUGUCAUUCAUCUCUCUCUCUCUCUCUGUGUGUGUGUGUGUGUGUGUGUCAGACUUCAUGAGGGAGCACGGGCCGAUGGGGGGCUUGGACAAGUGAGCGGUGAAAAGAGGCAGGGAGGCAGGGAGGGAGGGAGGGAGGGAGGAGGGUGGGGGACAGGACAGCCACCCCACCCGCCGCGCCCUUCGUGUGUGACAUGAAUCACCUGCUGUGCUCUUGUAUUCACCAGCAUCUGCUACUGGUGUCUGUAUUGGUUCUUCGAGGCCAUCUACAAUGGCGAGAUUGAGAGCGCAUUCAAGCCACUCAGAAACCAGAGAAGGAAGUUGCUCGAAGGUAGGCAAUGAAUAAAUGAAUGCCCGACAGACCCGACAAGCCCUGCCCUGCCUCCCUGUGUGUCUGUGUGUGUGUACGUUUGUGUGUCUGUGUGUGUGGGUGUGGAUCGACCGAUCGACCAGAUGUGUACAAGAGCAUGCAGAUGGUGGCCCGGAAGGAAAAGACCAAAGAGCAGUACGAGCACGAGCUCAAACACGGUGGGCGGGGGGGGAUGUCGUGGUGGGGGGAGUCACUCCAAACACACAAACACACACACACACAGAGAGAGAGAGAGAGGGUCUGUCAAUGGUGGGUGUGUAUGUGUUGUGUGUAUGUGACGGUUGUCCGUCGGUUUGACAGACUGCAUAGCUGAGGACAAGUGGCUCAAGGGCGCCAAGGCACCAAGUAAGCAAACAGGCGCUCAGCGAUAUAUAUAAGCAUCCCUGUGUGUGUGUGUGUGUGUGUGUGCAUUCGUAUGUUCUCAAUCUGUCAAUGUGUGCAUGCUUGUCCCUCUCCCUCUCCCCUUCCCAGAGCGUAAGCCACAAGCAAGCCAACCACAACACCCUGGGCUAAGAGACUUAUAGACGCCUCUUGUGUCUGUGUGUCGAUAGGCAAGGAGUUGCCUGGUGGUGAAGGUGCGGCGGCCAAGAAGGCCAAGGUGCCCAUGCAGCAGCCCACCAUCAACCAGUACUUCCACCCCGAUAGGUGACACGAUGAUGGACGCGAGUGCGGCCGGCUAGCCAGGGCCCAGGUCCGGUCCGCCGCUGGCCGAUAGCUAUGGCGUCGCAGCAGCUGGGGGCUAAUUCAGUGAG